AUGGCGCUCAAACACCUACUCAACGACGACGAUGUCGACAACUUUCACCACGAGAGGCACAGUCCGCAGCUGAACUGGUUCCAGCAAGAUUCCUUGGAUCAGUAUGCGACAGACGCUAGGAUCGGGCGCGAGACUGAUGAUCGUAGUUUUACGGCGGCUCUACCAACUCAAUCUUGGGAUCAAUACGUGGACGAACUGCUUGGGUCACAGGACGUACAAUGCGACCCACUACUGGAUGGAAUCGACAUUAACGGCUCUUUUCAAGAGACGAGUCGCGAUAUUGAAGACUGGACGACUGGGCAAGCGCAGCAUGAGUCCACUGAGGAGCAGACUCUAGCUGAGCAGGAACAUAUCUGUUAUGGCAUGCUCAACAACAUCGCAUCAUCCCCGAUCACAGGCCAUGCGCGAAUGGUGAUCAUCAAACCCGAAGCCCAAUUCGUUGUCGCUUUCCCCGAAGGAGGUGUCGUAGGGGAUGUGAACGCCCAGUUAGACGGAGCGUUAACGAGCAUCGCAGAACAAGGCUAUGAGAUCGAUCUGGAGGUCUUCGCGCCAACGGUGGUCAUCCAGGAGACCAUAGGCCGCGCCACGAAGGACAAAGAAGCCGUGGUAAGGGUACAGAUAAAUGUGUACGGCCCAUCGACAGCCGCUUGCGACAUCGGCAAGGAGUUGUCGCAGCAAAAGAUCUACCUGCAACGCCCUGUGUACAUACGAGAUGGUUAUCGAUACGAGAAUCCCCAUAUUCUCACCCUCCCUGGCUUUCAAGGCUCGACACCUGAGAUACCAACCAUGACAGAAGAACCUUUACCUGACAAGGUCGGUCUGCAGACAUUGAGAAGCACCCUCCAAAAUGUGUAUUCCUCUUUGACGCGAGAUCGCAAUUUGCACGGGUUAGAGGGUGACGAGCGCCUCAACACCGAUCUUUUGUUGUAA